UAUGACUCUGGUACCCUGAAUAGAUUAAAUUUUAUUUUCUAACUACAAGAAAGAGCACGUCUUGUUAUUUAGUUUUACCCCAUCAGGCGUGCGAUAUCUCAGGUUUUCUUCAGUGAAAUUAAUAUGAAUAUGAAAAUGAAGUCCUGUUUUGGUUCCUCCCAGUCAUGACACUAAAACUAUCAAGUGACAAAAGUUGUGCAAUCAUGUUUUCUUCAGCUGAGGCACAUUGCCAAAAUCAGGGCUUUACUUUCAUUUGCAAAACUCCAAAAAAGGUAAUUCAUGCUUAAUUAUUGCAGCUCCCUUUGUCCAGGGCUCAGCAGAAGCAAUAUCUCCAGAACAGAAAGCUGCUGACAGCGUUUUACCAAACCAUACCACUCCAGCUCUUGCUGCCCUGCCCAGGUCGCUAAAUGUUAGAGGUUUUACUAAGAUUUUAUUACUUUAUUUAAAGCUGCCUUUAAAGAAAAGCCUUUCCUUAAUUGUUAUAAUAACAAUUGAAUUCAGUUUUUAUUUCAUUUUCUGUUUUUACAAAGAGUACUUUAAAGAACACUUUUUGUCAUUGUUUUUAGUUUUUGUUAUAUAAUAAUAAUUAUUGUAAUGUAAUUACAGGACUAGUCAAACUGUUGCUGAAGGAGGCACAACAGAACCUAACCUUCACUACACUGACAGCAGGAAAAGGUCACCACAGAUAUAACUCAUGUCCUUAAAAAAUAUAUUUUUGAUUUCUCACAUUCACACUUCAUACUUGGAUGGAGAGAAAAAAAAACGCACUCUUGCCUGACCUCAAUAAUAGUCUUCUAAUUAAUAUACUAAUAGUUAAUAUUAUGACAACAUGAUUAAUACACUGAUCUUCAAACAUAUGGUUCCUCCUUGCUUGCAUGAGCCAUGAAAAGGUAAGUGAAAUAAGUCCUCCGAAGUUAAGAUGAGCAAAAAAAUUGGAUAGUUGCAAGACUUCUGCCAUAAUGCUCUUCAUCUACAGGGGGUGGACUAAAUAACAAGAACACCUGACAGUAUACAGUAAUACAACAACAACACCUUACACUUGAAUUAACACCUCUGAUAGAACAGAAAGUUUAGUGUGGGGGCAUUGUCCUGAAUUGCAUCUGCUGUGUUGCACAGUAGCUAUAGUGUGUGUGUAGACUCAGCCUGCGGGCAACAGCUCCAUCUAGUGGAUUGUUUUGCGAACGGCAUGAGUUGCUGUAGACCCGAUAAAUCAAUUCGACUUCGCACGAAUAUGUUGUAACCAAAUACUGAUUGAUAAAGACAGACGUAGUGGUUAACUGUACCAUAUAUUUCCUUUUCUCAUCAUUAUUUUUUGAUUAUUUUUAUUAUUUUUACUCAUAACCAGAUUUUUAUUCCACAAUUUGAACUCCCUAGCAACGACCGUUGGUUUCCUGCAGUUAAACGUUAACACGUUACACUUCAGAAAGUGACCGGACUUGCUCAGGUGUAGUGCAGACACAGGUGAGGUUCUCAGGACCUUGUGGUGUGAUGGAUCAGUGGGAGGAAGACUGUGUAGAUCUCCAGCUCAAUGAGGAACAGCAAGAGGAAGAGCAGCAGCCAUCUGAUCAGUCAGUCCUGCCCACGGGAAGCCAGGAUCAGAUGGAGGACAAGGAGAAGCCACCCCAGGGGAAAGAGGGCGACAGUGGCGAUGAGUGGGACACUGAUCUGGAAACAGACGAGGCCACCAAUCAGAGACAGAGUUUUUGCCGUGCAGAGCUGUACCUGCAGGCCUGUCAGCGGACAGGGGCUGUUCCCGUUUCAUCCUUCCUCCGCAACAUGGGUGAAGCCAAUCUCAACCUGAACCACUAUGGUGUGGGACCUCAGGGGGCCAAAGCUCUGGCCAUAGUUCUGCAAAGUGACAAUGACGUCACCAACCUUGAGCUGGAGGACAACGCACUUCAGGCAGAGGGGACCCGCUAUCUGAUGGAGAUGCUUCAAACAAACAUCAGCAUUCAGAGUCUAAAUCUUUCCAACAACCAGCUGCACCUUGAAGGGGCGGUCAUCAUCUCCAAAAUGCUGUUAGACAAUUACUACAUCAAAUCCAUCAAACUCUCAGGAAAUUAUUUUGAUGAUUCUGCUGCUAAAUACUUUGCUGAUGUUUUAAAGGGUGACUAUGUGGUCAAAGAGCUGGACCUCAGUCACAACAAGUUCUGUGAUACAGGAGGAGAACACCUGGGUCACAUGUUAGCCACAAAUGUAGGUAUUGAAGUCCUAAAUCUGAGCUGGAAUCACCUUCGUAUGCGUGGUGCAGUGGCUUUGAGUGCUGGGCUGAAGCUGAACUCGACCCUGAAACAGCUCCAGCUGUCGUGGAACGGUUUUGGCUACAUCGAGGCAGAGUCGCUGGGUCAAGCACUGAAACAAAACAGCACGCUGGUGCUGCUGGACCUCAGCAGUAACCGUAUAGACGAUCAGGCUGUGACACUGCUCUGCCAGGGCCUGGCCACCAACGACACCCUCAGGGUCCUCAAGUGUGUAUAUUUUGUUCAGCUCUCCCAUAACCCCCUGACAAAUAUCGGAGCUCUGACGCUUCUCAGAACAGUUAAAAACAACAUGAAAUCAGCACUGGCGGAGAUCGACAUUUCUACAGUGUUUGUGUGUGAGGCCUUUUUGGAGCUGUUGGAAGAAGCCCGUCAGACGCGUCCUGCUCUGGAUGUUCGGUACAGCGUUAUGAUCUCCGUCACCAGGAACUUAUCUGCCAUCCAGAUCUUUCAGAAAUUCCUUGAAGAGCGAAACGAGAGCAUCAUGGACUUCUUCCAGGCUUUGGAUAAAGAAGGAACCAUGAAGGUCUCCACCUCUGCCUUCAGGAAGGCUGUAAAGGCAGCUAACGUACCUCUGGAUCAGCAACAGCUUGAGUGGUUGAUCAGGAAGUUUGACAACAACUGCACAACCACCAUAAUCUACAGUUUGCUGAGCUGUCACAGGUACAGAGACGAACAGCACCGCCAAGAUGAGGGUUAGGGAUACCAGAGGGGACACCUUCAAAUAAAAGUUAAUGGAGUCUGUUAUUUGAUUCUGUUCUUUAUAUGCUAGUAAUGUGAAUUUGCAACUUCAGUCUAUUUUUGCCAUACAAAUCUCACAACGGCACAAUUUAACAUUUUUGCAAAAUACAGAGAUACUUAUAAGGAGGAGGAACUGACAUCACAAACCCAAAUGGUAUUGUGCACGACUGACAGGUGUACCCUAAUAGCAGCUUCCUAUGACCUAAGUGACCCCCCCACCCCCGUCCUUCCACUGUAGUUCUUCGCUCAACCCAAUUCUGUCCAGUGUGAAUACUUGAACCUCUGACACCAACCAGCUGCACCCACCUCAGUGCUGCCAGCUGU